CACGCACCGGCGGCGAAAGGGGCAGCAUUGGCAGCAUCUCAUUUCAUUCGUUUUCGUUUUUCAUUUCAUUCCUCAUUCUUUAUUCAUCAUUCAUCGUUUUCCUUGAAACCUUCAGUUUUGUUUUGGUGAAUCACCGACUAAUUGCGAGCACCGUCAGCCUCAGCAUCUUCAAGGAUUAUUCAAAAUCCAGAUUAAGAGGUAUAAAAUAAAAUUGCUGAAAUUUAGCAAUGGCCUUGCUAGAACCCUUAAGAAAGCACGAGGAAACGUACAUGAAAAUCGAAAAAAAGAUGAGAGAAACGAUCAAGUCUCAUAACAAUGGCAUCCCCUUGAGCGACUACAAUAUCAAGAAGAUCAGUCGAGUUGUAAACAAGGACUUAAAAAGAAGGCACGACAACGUUAAAAAAUUGAUUCUCACAGAGAUGAACGCCAAGGAGGCAGAAUUGAUGGAACUUUACCACGGCAGUCCGAAUGCAAUGCAGAUAAUCAAGGAUGGCUUCAGUGCUCAGUACUCUGACAAUAGCAACAUGUUUGGAGUAGGAAUCUACUUUGCAAAUUUUUCUUCCAAGAGCAAUCAAUUUGCAUGGGGCAACAUGCAGGGCUGUCCACCGCACAGGGAUCGCUCAUGCUCCAAAUGUGUUCGCCACUUGCUCGUCUGCAGUUGCUUCAUGGGAAACAUUUACAGACCCACGGCUCCAACUCGCCAAGUUCCUAAAGGAUUCCACAGUGUGGCUGCAGAACCUGGGGUUGUGCCAUCCUUGUGCUACCCUGAGUUUGCAGUCCUCAAUGGAGAUCAGGCUUUGCCUUUGUAUUUGAUCGAAUAUACCAUUGUUCCCUGAAUAGCCUGCAUAAUUAUACAACUUGACCUCUGGCUUGAUUGGCUUGGAAUUACAAUACUCAAUAACGGCAGCACAUCAACUCAAGCAUUUUUAUCAUUGAUGCUCAAAUUGUUUAAAAUGAUUUUUUGUAUCUGGAUCGUUGUAAUAAUUUAGUGAUUGAUUUUUCUUA